AUGUCUUCCAAUCACAAUAUGGGAGCCCAUGCUGUGAAUGGGGGCACAGCAUCGCUCCCAAUCUUGCGGGAGACGGUGUUUACCGUCUCCCAGGAGUGUCCCACCCGUCUCGGGCUGACGGCCCGAGAGAUUCAAUUGAAAUCGCCGACUCUGGACGUUUUCUUCGAUACCAUCGCUGCGGAGCGGCUUCGGCGCAUGCCUCCAGAUGGGAGUCGACUUGAUGGUGCCCUGAGGCGCGCCUCUCGGCUCGCUGUCGCCGUCGGCUCCUUGCGGGACUCGGUUUACAGCUUCAUGGACGGGGCUGAGGAAGCCACCCAGAUGGUCUGGGGGACUAAUCUGCUGUUGCUCGAGAUGGGAAUUGACCAUAUCGAUGUUCUUGAAAGCCUUUUCGGUCGCUACGGUCGCGUCACGCUCGGAAUCUCCCUGUUGCUCCAGCAAGAGACCUUCUUCCCGGUUUCCCGGCCCCUUCAGCAGCAGGUUGCCGAGAUAUAUGCCCAUUUGCUGCAGCUCGUUGUUCAUGUCACCUCGGAAUAUCGCCAGGGCAUACGGACGCAGCAUUGGCAGGCGAUGAGUUCUGCUGUAGACGCUGCGUUCUUCCGCUACACCAAUCGAUUCAUUACGCAUUGGCGACGUAUCUUCUCCCUGGUCCUAGAGUCCGGCACUGCCAAGCAACACACUACCGUGGACCUGGCUGCUAUCUACCAGUUUCUAGAGCUGCAGGAUCGUCCGCUGCAGAUGUUGCUCGAAGGUCACAACCAUUCUCUAGCUGACGGCUCCUUUUCUUGGUUCGAGCCCCAUCUUACCACGUUCGCCAUGGGACGGCGACGCAUGAUGAUGAUCCGGGGCAAUCCAGGCGCAGGAAAGAGUGCCUUGGCUCAAUGGACGGUUGAAAGGCUCCAAGCCUCCUCGGAGUACGACAUCUGGAAUGUCAUUCCUGUUGCCAUCCGAUCGGAUGUUCCAAUCUCCACCCUAACGCUCAGUAUCCUCAAGUGCAUCCUGAUCCAGAUGCUCGACCAUUGCGUGAGCAGCCGCAAGACCCAGGAUGCCAUUCUGGUAGCUGUGACGGGCGCUCUGGAAUUGGCCGUCUCGGGCGCCUCUGAUCCACAGGUGGAAGGCCAGUUAUGGACCGCGAUUCGAACGGCGGUCCAGUCCAACCUACACUUCAUGCUCGUGGUUGAUGGAUUUGACCAGAUGAAACACGCAGAGACUACGGUCAGCGCGUUUCUGGGCCUGCUCCAGGACACCGUCGCCAAUACUCCGUCGAAACUGAUCAUCUUCAGCCGACCGAUGUCGACCGACCUGCUGCCCGUCCGUGAGAGUACCGACACCCACCAGAUUGCUAUGAAUACCGCCACAACACAUCAGGAUCUCCAGGAAGCCGUCACAGAUAUCAUGCUGUCGGACUCCUCAUUCUCCGGCCUGGAGCCAUCCCAGCGCGAGUCUCUCACUACAUCUAUUGUCAACCGCUCCCAGGGCUGCUUUGUGUGGGCGCAGUUGGCCGCCGAGGCCGUGAGUUAUCAGACUACGUAUAACGACAUGACAGCAGCUGUUGGAAAGAUGCCAAACACGCUGGGCGACCUCAUUGACUAUCACCUGCGCAAUAUCAAUCUGAACCGUGUGGGUACGCAGAGCCUGCUGGCCUGGUUGGCAGCUAGUGAGCGGCCGUUGCGCAUUCCGGAAAUUGAGCAGCUACUGGCUGUUGACUUGAAAACACUCAAGGUUGCACACCGGCCACCGAACGUGGAGCGUGAUGUCUUCCAGCCCUUGAAUAGGCUGGUCUCUGUGCGUGAUGGCUUUGUUUCGUUCCGCCACCCCAUGAUCCGCGAACAUCUCCAAGCGCGAGCCCAGAUGCGCCAAGAGCUUCCAUUUUCUCUGGCGGACGCCCACUAUGAUCUUCUGAUCCGCUGUCUGGCGUGGGUGCGUCGCUCCGUGUCCGACGAGGUCACCGUCUCCUGGGACAAGAUGAGCGUUGAUGUCCGCGACCGCUAUCUGGACGCCUAUGUGCUGCUCGAAUACACCGCUCGAUACUGGCUUUCCCACAUGUUGGCCUCGCCAAUGGCUUCGUCGGACCGCGAGCUCACAUUCCCUACAUCCUUCCGCCGCGCUUUCCCUGAUACCGUGCUGUUCGCACAGCUAGAGCUCACCAAUCGUGAGUCGCAAUUUAGCCGGUCGAGUAUUGUGGAACUAUACCGGUUGUCUGUCGGUGUUCGGCGAGUCGUACUUGGUAGCGACUCCCCCGCUGUCCUGCAGAGUCUGAUUCUCAGCGCUCGUGCGGCCGAGAAGGCGCAUGCUUCUUGGGCCAACGAUCACAUGUACCAGGCGUGGGCGCUCAGCCGAAGCCAGCUGGGUACUAGCAGUACUAUCUCUCAUGAUUUGGAGCAGAUGCUGGUCACCACGCCGGAAGGUGCUGGUCGCGCGGAUCGUGCAGCCGGUCUGAAGACUGACGCCCUGCGCGACAUGGCCAUGGCUGGCUGGGGCUCGUCCGACAUCAGCUUCGCUCAGCGGCUUCAAUAUCUUGAUCGACUGGUCAACACGUACCAGCAGAACAAGCAGAAUGAUGCCGCGUACGACGUGUCGAAGACAUUCUACCGCCAGACUGUGCAAACAUACGGGGCUCACUCGUCGGAAACCAUGCAAGCGGCCGACUUCCUCACAAAGCACUUCAAGAUCGCGCCUCCCGACGAGUUGGCGCUUGAACUGGCCCGCACCAAGUAUGAGACCAUGCUUCAGUCGAUGGAUGCGACCGAUCCGCGUCGGGUUGCUUACUCGCUUUACCUGGCUCAGCUGUAUGAGCAGAACGGCCACACGUCCAAGGCAGAGACGGUGCUGUCCCGACUAUGGACGGGUCUUUCAGCCCGCGAAGUCGACACUACCACGGCCUGGGACCAGAAGACCAAAGUUGCGUUCUACUACUCGCAGUUCCUGCGCCGCCAGGGUCGCUCUGACCAAGCCACGGCUAUUCUUCGCGAGCUCUCUGCCGAGCUCGAGGCUGAGGGCGGCGUCAGGUCCCCAGAAAUGGUCAAACAGGCCGAGGAACUGCGCGCUGAGGCGCGGGAGAUGAAUCUAAGUGAUAUGGACCGCGCACUUGCGCUGCAGAUGUGGAAGUACUACCGGUCCUCUGGGCAACAGUACUCACCCCAGGCAGUGUCUCUGGCGGAAUCACUCACCGAGGGUAUGAUCCCGAGUCAGGAUGCCACCGCUGCCGAAACCGAGUACAUAUUGGCCGCGUUGUCGCCCGAAGACCACGAACUCUUGCCCGGUUGGAUGGACACUCUGGCGUCUGCCGGUAGUGACCGUGACAUGGUGUCGAUCCUGAUGCUUUCCCACCAGUUGUCAACGCGAUGCAUCCGGGAGGAGGAGUGGCGUCAAGGCUCCGACUGUUCCUGGGCCGUGCUCAAGCACGUCUGGCCUACCGUCGAGGAUCCUCAAGCCAAGGCCAAGUUCUCGUCCGAGCUGACCCCACUCAUGUCCAGCAUUGCGCUCGACUAUGCGUACUGUUUGUUCCGUCGCCUGGAUGUUGCUACUGCUUCAACUGUGUAUGGUAAUGCAUUCAAGGCCUCGAUCACCGCGGACCAAGUUGCGGUCCCGGCCGUCACUUCCGUGACAAAGACCGUGGUUGAGUUCUAUGAGACCACGUUCCAAUUUGACAAGGCAUUGGUGCUCCUACAUCAAGUCAGUGACUUCUUCAGCUCGCGCUUGGGUGCGCAUGACAAGCAUACACUGGACAGUCGUUACUACGAAGCCGAUUUGGCUCUGCGGCUGGACCGGCGCAUGGAGGCGGAAGACAGCUACUGCCACAUCUACACGGCUUGCAUUCGCGAUGGCAAGAUCUCCUCGUCUGGUGUUCGUGCGGCCGUGGCUCUUGUGACCCUUUAUGAGCAGGACAAGAAAUGGGAUUCUGCGCUCGAGGUGUACCGCCAUUUGUGGCCGACACUGGUGCGCUUCGACGAGAAGGACGGUUAUGAUCGGGCUUUGCUGGAAGGAUUGCUUCCCAAGACUUAUACGGGGUACAUGGCUAUUCUGGAGAGCACUUCUCGUGAGGCAGGCUACGCGGAGCGGCAUCAGGUUGCCUCGCAGCACCAGCAGCUGUGCCGGAAGUUGUAUGGGCCUACCAGCGGUCGCACCCGCGAUGCAACUAUGUAUCUCGCUGCACUCUGUGCCAGCAACGACCGCCAUACCACCGAGGCCAUCGAUCUCUACCGGCAGGUACUGAGGACCAACGACUGGGUACCUGCUUCGGAGGCCUCGCGCCCUCUGUCCGAGAUGACACAGCCGCUACCGAUGGACAUUAAGCACCGCAUGGCCCAGCUGUACAUGCGUAAUAAAGAUACGUCGCCGCAAGCUAGCGCCUUGUACACUGAAGAGCUUGCACUAUGCAAGCAGCAGCAGGGCUUGUCCGCUCCGACUACGCUGAUGUGGCUCCGAGAGAUCGCCCGCAUGUACUCCCUCCAAGGCAACCCCGAGUCUCAGCGGAAGGGAGCGGAGCUUCUGAAUGAACACGCCGAUGAGGUGAUCCAUGUCACUGCCAACCAUGAUGCUCUGGUCGACCGUGCUCGUCAAAUUGCGGAAAUUUACCUAGAAUGUGGCUACACGACUGAAGGGUGGCAGCUCAUCGACAGCUUGCACCAGCAGGUCAUCCAUGAUACUCCAGCAGCCCAGCGGAGGAACCUCGACGAGUACCGGCCGGCGGCGUUUGUGUCUGCUUUCGAAGAGGUGUUUGGCCGGACGCGUACGGCUCGCCAGAUCCUGGACGACCUGUCCCGCGAGGGCCAGGUGUACAGCGUCUUCCAGCAGAGCCUGGCCAGUCAUGACUUGAUGCCCACGCUGGCGGCGGGUGAGAAGCUGCAUCGCUUGCAAGCAGAGCAGAAGCGCGCCGCGGCUGCGCAGAGCACCCAGGACAAGCUGUACGAGUACUUCUGCAACACGCUGUCGGUUGCCCAGCCGCUCCGCAAGAAGGAUGUUGUGUAUCAAUUCUAUUCCAUGUGCCGACGCGAGUCGCUGCACGAUGAUUACAACAUCAACAUUGUGACUCAGACGACGAGCAUGGUCCGGGAUCUAUGCAACCAGUCUAGAUUCCAGGAUGCUGCCGACGUGACUGGCGUGUUCCACUCUUUCAUCCAUCUGACCGAUGGGCUGCGCGUGAUGGAGAGCAUCUUUACUGCAAUUAAGAUGUGCUUGUACCUGAAUGGCUACCAGGUGAACAAGUGCACCGACACCACCACGGCCAAGGCAAUGUCGUUGGAGUCACAGACCCUUCUGCAGGAGAUCAUGGCCAAUGCGCGGGAAAGCCCGAUGGAGUUUUCCGACCUUCCGUUCGAGGAGCUCAACGAUCUUGUGACUGUUCUAGGUGAACACGAAAUGUUUGAGGAUCUCGAGACUAUCCUCACCGACCUCUGGACCUCCCGCAUUGUGCAAAAGACCUGGACGCUGCCAGCGGUGGUCUGGAUUGGCCGGCGCCUCGUCGAGACUCGGUUCUGCCAGGGCCAUGUCACAGCCGCCACGACGCUCGGCAAGGACAUCUGUUACAACCUGCGCCAGGUGUGGGGUAACUCGGACCCGGUCACACUGGAAAUGAACAAGCUGCUAUCCGGACUGUACACGGCGUCAGGCAACAACCUCGCCGCGGCGGCUCUACACGAGACGGCGCUGGCCGAGCUGCUGAACGACGAGACGGACGACCAGACAGCGGCGGUAGACGCAGUCACGCAGCAUCUGGAGCUCCUGCAGCGGGCGCAAUCGCGGCUCGCCAAGGAAGGACAAAGUGCAGCAAUCGACGCGACAGCAGCGCAGGAACGAGUCCAGCAGAUAGCAACCAAGUUCGGACUAUCCUCAGCGAAGCUGGAAGCGACGUCGACAACGGAGGACGAGUCAGUGGGCAUGUGGGAGCGGCCACGGCGCUUCAGUCUGGAUGUGGAAGAAGCAGCAAAGCACUCGAACCAUUUGCGCCAGUCGAGCGGGUCAGCCUUGCUGACGGGAAAUGCGGGAGCCAAACGGCUCUCCAUCACUGCAUUGUAG